AUGGCUAGAAAAGCUUCACCUUUUGAUCUCGCCAAAUGCGCGAGGCCUAAUAUACUCAAACUCCAGCCGUAUCGAUGUGCUCGAGACGACUACAAAGACGACGGAAAGAACAUCCUCCUCGAUGCCAACGAAAAUGCCUACGGUCCUGGAUUAGCACUAGACAAGAAUGGAAUUUACAAGAAUGAUCACUUUGAAAACCCUCAGGUCGACUUCCUGGGCCUCAACAGGUAUCCAGAUCCUCACCAGAUAGCAUUGAAGGAGCGGUUUUGUCGACUGCGAAAUACGCGUACACAUACCGAUAAACAUCUUCAGCCUGCGAACAUGUUCUGUGGCGUGGGCUCCGAUGAAGCCAUUGACGCACUGCUGCGGUGCUUCUGCGUGCCUGGAACAGAUAAGAUUUUGACUUGUCCUCCUACAUAUGGCAUGUACGCUGUCAGUGCCGACGUGAACGACGUGGAAGUGGUGCAUGUGCCUCUGAAUGUGGAAAAUGGCUUCUCAUUGCAGCCACAGCUCAUCGCGGACAAAUUGUCUUCAGACCCAUCGAUUAAAAUGGUAUACAUCUGCUCCCCCGGCAACCCCACCGGGGCUGUUAUUGAGAAGGAGGAUAUCCAACAAGUCUUGGAGCAUCCCACUUGGAAUGGGAUUGUGGUGGUUGACGAGGCUUAUAUCGACUUUGCCCCGGAAGGAUCAAGCCUAGCAGAAUGGGUCCUUGAAUGGCCGAAUCUGGUGGUCAUGCAAACAUUGAGCAAGGCAUUCGGUCUGGCCGGAAUACGGUUAGGUGUCGCUUUCAGCAGCCCGGAGAUCGCGUCACUACUCAACAACAUGAAGGCUCCAUAUAACAUCUCCAGUCCAGCGAGUGCUGUCGCGACAGCAGCCUUGCAGGACGCAAACCUGGAGGUUAUGCGACAAAACCGAGCAAAGAUACUCAAGCAGAGGGAUAGACUUCUCCAGGAACUGCCGCGGAUACCAGGUGUUGGACAGUUUCAAGGAGGAACAGACUCCAAUUUCUUGCUUGUUGAGAUUCUAGACAAGCCACGGGAACAGGGUGGACAGCCAGAUAAUGCAACGGCUCUGGCAGUAUAUGAAACUUUGGCGGGUCAGCGGGGAGUUGUGGUGAGAUUCCGCGGCAAGGAACAUGGGUGCAAUGGAUGCCUGCGCAUCACAGUGGGCACGGACAAGGAAGUGGACCGAUUCUUGGAGGAACUCAGAGCGGUCUUGCAGGGAACAUACGCUUUGCGCGCCUCACGAGUCAACGGUGUAGAGGAGGAGGAAAAGCGCGAGGCAGAAGCAAACAGCGUGAUAUCAUAA